AUGGCCACUCAACUGCAGCUCUGUUAUGGCAAGGUGCCGCUGUAUCUCCGUUUUGGCGCCAUAUUUGGACUUCUGUCCUUGGCUGCGGUGGGGCCCGGCCGCUGGGGCACCUUGGGUAGAGGCUUGGUGCUGACUGUGUUGCUGCGCCGCUGGCUGCGCUGUCUUUUCCGUUGGCCCAGUCGCGUGCUGCGCUGGGAGAAUCGGCCCUUGGAAGCCUCGGUGGAGGGAUUACACCGACGUUUCGUGGAGCUUUACCUACCUGACGCAGAGAAAGGAGAAGGCGCAGAGUACGCCGUCCUCGGCGCGCAGAAGUCCUUGCAGCUCGCAGGGCAGCGCUUGGCGUUUUGGGACGUGGGCCCAAAAGAUGCGUCAGAUGCCGUGCUCGUUUGCAACGGCCUGGGCGCCCGUGUCAGGACCUGGGCUCCGCUGCUGACGGCGCUGCGAUCGGCAGAGCCGUCCUGGGCCAAGCGCCGGUUGAUUAUCUUUGACUAUCGCGGCCAGUUCGACAGCAUGCCUUUGCAGGGGGAGAUCUCCGUUGAGCGCAGUGCAGAGGAUGCCGCGAAACUGGCAGAUCAUUUAAAACUGAAGAAAUGCACCUUGCUCUGCUGGUCCACCGGUGUCCAGGUUGGCUUGCAGUUGGCUUUGGAUCGACCUGAUCUUGUCAAGGCAAUGGUGCUCAUCCAAGGUACGACUGGCGAGGCAAUGAAGGCCCUCCUGCAGCCUAUUUGUCAGGUUCCAGGCGUGCCAUCGCUGUUGGAUCUGGGCUUGCGAUUGGCGCCGCGGUUGCUGCAAAAGCACCGCCAGAUGAUGCACGGACUUCUCUGCAGGCAUAGCAGUGCCUUCGAACGUUUGGCCAGCUGCCUCUUGUGGUUUUUUGGUAGUGACCUCAUUGCUGCAGCCGGGGUGCGCUAUACCCAGGACAUGUUGCAAUCCGAAGAGCACUUCUUGAACUACUGCCGCUAUGCGUUAGCUCUAGGACACCAUAAGAUCUUCUCGCGACUUCCAGAGAUCAAAGUGCCUGCUUUGGUGGUGACAGGAACGCCUGAUUUCAUCACCCCGGCACGCUGUAGCUACGACAUGGCCGUGCAGCUGGGAGGGCCCACUAACCUAGUGGAUGACUUUGGAGGUUCCCAUUACUACAUCUAUGAGGCCAUCAGCCUUGGGCAAUCACCUGCGAUGUGGCUUGUGCCUCUGCCGCAUGGCAGCUGGUCGGGGCUGGUCAAUGUGGGGGUGUGGAGCACAGUGAAUUUGGCCGGGACUUAUCCGUUUUCUGAUGCAGAAUCUAGGCUUUUGCUGUGGCUGCGACGUUGGGAAAGUAGUGUUGGAACGGCGAAGCGAGUCGUGGCACUUCCAGCUGUGAUCUUUUUUCGAUGUGAUACUGCUCAUUGUUUGAACUUUGAUGAGUUGUGGUACUCCGUCUUCGAGGUGGCGCCACCGCAGAUCUUCUACGACAUCACGGUACGGCUGCAGAUUCCUUCGGCUUACGUGAAUGGGUGGAGGAAUGUGACCUAUUCUGAAACGACAAUGACGCUCAGCCACCAGCAACCAACAGCUGCAGUAUCUGACGGCACACUCAGAGCAGAGCUCGUGGGUGAUCUUGCCACUGCAGUAGCUCCUCAUCGUUUUGAAUCCAAGUACCUGGCAGUCCCUGCUCGGCCAAUAGGACACGAGCGGGUGGAUGCCAAUGAGCAGAUGAAAAAUGCAAUGCUGCUUGACAGGUCGUUGUUCGACCUCUCUGGCAGGACUUGCGACAAGAUUGGAGUGUCGUACACAGCUUUCAGGUAUCAACCAGAAGGUUGUCAUCGACCGGCUGGAAGCUGUCUCUUUGAACAACUGGAUGACUUUCACAACGAGGAUUCGCUGCGAGUGCAAAGUGGCCAGCAGCCACAGAACCUGGUGUCGCGCUACUGUGAAGGAGCCAUGGAGUGGGUCACUGAAGGAACUUCAGGCAUGCAAUUCCUGCUGGCAUGUCCGAUGACUCAACGGCACACAACUCUCAUGCGCUUGGAAGCUCGUGCAGAGUCGGCCAUGUUUGUGACAAACGUGGCCCCUGGGCGCAUCAUCAAAGCUGAAGCACCAGCAUUUGAAGCUUUGUCUGGAAGUGGCGAGGCCGAGUUGUCAAUCAUCAACACUGGUGCCGUGUUGGCAGAUUUCACUCUGGGUUUGCCAGUGCCUCAGAGUUUGGUGAGAAAAGGCGUGACACCAGAAAUUCGCCUGGGUGGACUUGGCACUGUCCAGGCAGAGAAGAUGUUCUUGGAGCAGCCUCAUUCCACGAAAGAUCCCCUUUUCACUCACAGAGGCCGGACAGGUUCAGACAUGCCUUGGGAAGUCACGGAGGAGUUUUUCUCCUCCGUGCAGAUGGAGCUGCAAGAUGUGACCGGCCAACAGCACAAGCGCAUCAUGAACAAACUGGAGCAGCAGGAUCAAAAGUUGUCGCAGAUUCUGGAUGCGAUAAAGACGCCUGCUGCGAUACGUGGCGCUGGCAGCAUUGGCAGCUAUAACAUUGCACCUCGCGUUGAUGUUUCUCCUGACAUCAUCCCGCCGGUCCCACGAAAAUUUAGUAGCGACAGUGGAGGGGUGACACCUACGGCUCCUACACAUCCAGGAACACCUGGUGGACGGGUGACACCUACAGCCCCACAUCCAGCAACACCCGGAUCAUUUCGCCCCAGGUUAUCCUUUGGGAAUGGACUGUUCACAACGAAUGCGCAGGAGGAACAACAGCAUAGGGAAAAAGCUGCCACAAGAGAUGGAGCUUUACAGCGGCGAAGGUUUGCAUCUCUUCGAGUGGAGGACGCAGAUGAUGAAAAAGAGUAUUCCUUCGUGACACGCAUGGUCCUACAUCCAGCCUUUGAUCUGGUGUUUGCGUUUGUGGUUCUCACGAAUUCUGUCUACAUCGGGAUGGAGGUACAAUAUUCUAUGACCAAUGUCUCGGAUGCUCCUGCUGGCCAACUUGUAUUUCGCAUCAUUGGUGCCAUCUACACCCUGCUCUUUACCAUCGAACUUGUCCUCAGAAUCUGGGGCCUUGGCUGUCGAACAUUCUUCUGCAGGGAAGACUGGGCUUGGAGUCUUUUGGAUUCCUUUAUUGUCUUAUCAUCUCUGUGGGAAGUCGGUUUAUUUAUCAUGGAUGCCUCAGCCAAUAGCAGUGAUGGUGCUAGCAUCAGUGGCGUCAGUGGCCUGAAAGCUUUCCGCAUCAUCCGUUUGACUCGAUCGGUGAAGACAGUCAGGCUGAUGCGGAUUUUUCGCUUUGUGCUGGCACUGCGCAUGUUGAUUACUUCCAUUCUGCACACACUGAAAUCCUUGUUCUGGGCACUCAUAUUGCUGCUCCUGAUCGUCUACGUCUUUGCGGUCCUUUUCGUCCAAGCAGUGCAUGACCACCGUGCAGAGAUGGGGUUCAGCCUUUCUGAAGAAGAGGUCUCUGCAUAUGACCGCUACUUCGAGUCCUUGCCGACAACCAUGGUCACACUCUUCAUGAGCAUCUCAAAUGGAGUAAGCUGGGAAAAUGCCAUGUUUCCGCUGAUGAAGAUAUCACCACUUUGGAUGCUAUGCUUUCUUUUCUUUGUCAGUUUUACUUACUUCGCGGUCCUCAACGUUAUCACGGCAGUUUUCUGUGAGUCAGCUAUCGAGUCCGCUCAGAACGACCAGUUCACAGUUGUCCAAUCGAUUCUUGCGAACAAGGAGAGCCACCUUGAAAAGGUGCGCAACUUGUUUUUGCGUCUAGGGGCCGCUGACAAUGGAUUCAUUACAUUUCAGAUGUUGGAGGAGUCGAUCAAUUCCGAAGCAGUGCAUGAAUACUUCCAAUCGCUGGGCAUCGACAUUUGGGAUGCAUGGACCUUCUUCCGUAGAGGUGGAAGAAUUUCUGAUGGGUUGCCUACGGCUUCGUGGGCCAGCCACGGCUAUGGAUAUGGGUAAGGUCCUCCGAGAUCAAAGUUGGCUGGUGCAGACGCUAGGCCGCUUCAGUGCCUAUGUCGAGGGCGAACUGUGUCAGAUGAAAAUGAUGUUGGAAGAGCAAAAGCGGUCUAUUUGAUCACCAGCUGCAGCGAAGAACACGAAGAACGUUCCUAUCGCAUUUCCAAAUACUAUGCCGGACGCAUGCCGAACGUUGCUGGUAACCAGUCACCGUUUGGCGUCUUGGGACCACCUUCCCUUCUUUUGGAAAUAUGCCUUUUCUAUGGUGGUGUCCCAUCAAGUUGACAGCUGGCAAACGCCACUGCAGUCCGGGACCUCCAGG